GAUGGCGCUGUGGCUGAGCUCAAACCUAUUGAACUUUGAUUCAUACUAUUUCAUGUUGUUGUAAAUAAGCAAAGUGUUACAUGUAACUACUAUUAACGCUCUGAAUGUCAAGAUUCUUAAACAUUCCGGCAUCAUAAAGAUGAUUUUAUUCAAUUAUCAGUCGUUGUUUAAUAAUGCGAUGCUGGUCUUGUGUUACAGUUUCGUCACCUUGUGUCAAGCGUAUGAAAACAUUGCCCUUAACAAAACUGCUUACCAAAAAAACCAAUAUGAGAAAGGGAAUAAUACUUUUGACGCUAGCAAUGCAGUGGAUGGACUUAAAUCAGACCUACGCUGGAGCGGAGGUCAAUGUGCUGUGUCAGCUACAAGCAAAGAAACCGCCACCUGGUGGGUUGACCUUGGAAGUAUCAACAGCAUUCAUCACAUUACAAUUUAUUAUAGGACAGAAAACCAAAACGAAAUUUCGGAUUACAGGAACAGCUUCCUUGGAUUUUCAUUGUAUGUCUCCAACACAACAAACAGAUUACAAGGAACUUUGUGUUUCAAAGAUGAUUACUUCAAUAGAAGCACCAUACCUGCAGUAUUCAAUACUACUUGUCAAGUACAUGGGCAAUAUGUCAUCUACUACAACGAGAGACUCCAUGGGGUUUCCUAUCCUAGCGAUUAUAAUGAGUAUGCUGAGAAUGAUCUAUGUGAAGUGGAGGUGUAUGGUUGUCCCAUCCACGAAUCUUACUUUGGGAACUGUCUUGUGUCAAAUACAAUGACAUGUCAAUGUUCAAAAUGUAAACCUGGAUUCUUUGGUCGUCGAUGUGAAUUUGAAUGUGACGUUGGUCAUUAUGGAUACAACUGUAAUGAGACAUGUGGUCACUGUAUUGACCCGAGACAAUGUUCUAAUGUGAAAGGAACCUGUCUUAGUGGAUGUAAAGCAGGAUAUUCUGGACAAACGUGCAAAGAAGAUUGCAUUGUAAGUCAAUAUGGAUACAACUGUAAUGAAACAUGUGGUCAUUGUAAGGAUCCGAUACAAUGUUCUGCUGUGACCGGAACCUGUCUCACCAGAUGUAACGCUGGAUAUGUUGGACGAUUGUGCAAAGAAGAAUGUGUGUUCGGUCAUUAUGGAUACAACUGUAAUGAAACAUGUGGUCAUUGUAAGGAUCCGAUACAAUGUUCUACUGUGAGCGGAACCUGUCUCACCGGAUGUAAGGCCGGAUAUGUUGGACGUUUAUGUAAAGAAGUCUGUGUGUUUGGAUACUAUGGACAUGGAUGUAUUAAGGAAUGCAGCAAAUUUUGUAACAGAUCACGUGACUGUAACCCUGUGUCUGGUUUUUGUAAUGGCGGAUGUAGAAACGGAAAGAAAGGGGGUUAUUGUCAAGAGGAUCGUAGCUUAAGUGGCAGAACAAUAGAGUUUUAUUGUUUUAUUGGUGCCCUUGGCCUCUCGACCAUCGUCAUUGUAGUACUCAUCAUCUGCAUUAUCUUGAAAAGGAGAAACAACAAACACCAAGAAAGAGGCCAUGAACAAUUAAGAAAUACAGUCGACAUCCCCGUUGCUUACCACGUUGGAGGUGCCUGUGGUGAAUACAUAGAAUUUAGGGAAGGAAAUACUGAUAAUCCAUAUGAUAGAAUCCAGGAAAGGUCAAAUGUAAGAUAUAACAAAUGAAAAUCUUCUGAAUACAAUAUGUGUUUACAUUUGCGCGGGUAUGAUAAGGCAACUCACAGCGAUCAAAUUCCUCUGAUCGAUAUGACGUCACAAUAAGCAGCAUGAUGUCAUAUUUUACUCAGAAACAUGUCGAUUUUAACUUUAUCUCUGGUUUAAAUUAUAAAAACUACAGACAUAAAAUAUCACUAGAAACUCUUCUAACUGAAUAUAUUUUCGAUUUCUCUCUAUUACGUAUAAUUAUCAUUGAUGACGUCACAAGCAUGUUUAAAAGAGAAGAUAAUGUCGGGAGACAAAUAAUCGGAAUGCAGUGUAAACAAUGCCGAAAUAAGACUUAUUUAAUACAGAUACCUAAGAUUUAGAUGAGUGUCAGUUAGACUAUAAUCAGGAUAAUACAGGCAUGGAUAUUUUGUUUAAUCAGCGAGUGUUAUAAGGUAAGCGGAUCGACAUUUAUAUGGCUUGACCAGCCUUUCCUCUGUCAGUGUGUACAAAAAAUGGCAAAAGUGUAACACUACCCCGGAUAUUAGGAAAGAUGAUUUUGGUAAAUAUCAACGUUAUAUGACCUAAACUACCUGAAAAGUGCUGCUAGAAUCCUGUGCUUUGUUGUUUUAAACGAAAAAUACGUAGUAUUUUCAAUGAAAUUUUAGAAGUUGAGAGGGUUUCCGAUAAAUAUUUACAAUAUUUAUUUUAUGCGAUGUACAAUAGGAUUCUAGCAGUAAUACUUAUAAACAUGAAGUAAUUGCCAAUCGAAUUAUUGUAGCAAACAUACAAAUGAACUUCGGGGUAGUGUUACACUUUUUGAUUUUUUGUUAAGGUAAAAAAGUGAUCUAUUUUUAACUGUCACGUGAUACCAUGGCACGGCAGCUUCAAAGAUUGAGUCGAUUCCGAAGUAGAAAAAUAAUAUCUUGGUGAACUCUUUCACUUGGUAUUAAUAUCCCGCGCUGUUUUCAUAAAAAUAAACAUUUUUUUAAAUUGAUCAUAAUAUUGACGGUCGUUAAACUCGGAGUUGCCUUAACCUACCCGCGUGCUAAUAGAGAUACUAAUCUAGUAAAUGACUGUUUUACAAACCGAUUAAUUUGCGAUAUUGAAUUUAGAUAAUAAUGUUUUGGUACAUUAGCUUUUAAUUUUAAACUAGAGCUAAAUUAUUGAUCAAAAUCAUAAAAAUUUCUUUAAUAAGAUAAAACAGAUGUGAUGUGUUAGUACAUUGCUCAAUAAGAACAGAAUGAUCAACGGAGAGUCUAAGAAGACAACUAUUUUCUGUGUGAUUUUUUUAAAUGUUGCUUUUUGUUGCAUUUUUUGUACUCAAGAUUGAUAAUUUCAAAGACAUUUAUUGGGUCUAAGUCUAAAUCUGGACUGAUCAGGUGAUAAUUAUUUUUUUUUUAUAAUUACUUUGAUUAAAAGAAUUUUCAUAGUAUUAAAACUGUAAAAAAUUGCAUUUAACAAGUUAGCAAAUCAUGCAGAUCAUAUUUAAGCAUCAUCAUAUAGUCAAAUCUUGAAAUCAAUAUCACAUAGACCUUCUUUUCUUUUUUAAAAAUUAGUUCGUAUAAUAGGUAAUUUUACAAUUUUCUGGGUUUUUUUUAAUACACAUGGAAGCACAUGACAAUGAGAUUGGUCCGUUGAUGCAUCUUAGAUCUUAGGUAUGAGGUCCAAUUAAGUAGGCCUUUUUAUGUAUUGUUUAAUGUAUUGUCAAAUCUUGGAAUAUAUGAGAGUUUACAACAUUUUUGAAUAUGUUUAUAUUUAAACAUCUCGAGAUACAAUGAUGCACGAACUUUUGUGAACUAGGUGAACGAAAAGCCCCAUGGUCCUCUUUUUUUUUUUAUAAAAGUUUAAUAGUUUCUAAUUAUUCUCGUUUAUUUUUUUUUUAAUUGUUAAACCCUCUUCAACAAGGUGCACUAAGGUCGAGCACGUUUUUAAAUUUAUAUAUAAAUCAAUAUCAACAAACACAUAAACAAAAAAAAAUGUUGCAUAAGUUUAUCGUUAAUCGUUAAAGAUUAGUUUUCUUUCAACUCAUAACGGACAGGAUUUAAACAAUAAUUCUAUGUUUGCGGGGUUUGGCUGGUGUAAUUCUUAUAAUUUGUGGUAAUGCAAACAAAUGUAUAAGUUCUGACAUAAAUUAUAUUUUGUUUUAUUGUACUGAUCGAGCUCUAAAUGUUGACUGUUAGCGUUUUUUAUAGAAUAGUAUUUGGAUCAUGCAGUGUAUUAUGUUAUUGUGGCUAGUUUUAUGUUUUGAACUUAUUGGGAAUGAAUUAUACAUCCCCAAUCUUAUAUGUGAAUAUAAUCGUUAUAUUAUUUUUUUUCUAAGUAAAAAAAGAGAACAUUCAACUCAUAUCUUAUUCAUCAAAUAUACAUCGUUUGUGUACAGCAUGUAAAGCACCAUUCAAUGGCAAUAAAUUUUAAUUGUAAUUAAUUGUCAAUCUUCACGCAGUAUCACAUCAUUUUGUAAAAUUAUUUUAACACUAUUAAUUUUAUUUUAGUUUACUUUAUGCCAAAUGUUACUAUUAAUAUUUGUUGUUGUUUUGAUGUGUUUUGUCUUUGCUUUUUGGGUUUUUUUUUCAAGCAAAGUGCAUGUAGUAGUACUUUUUUA